UUUAGCCAGACAUUGUGCAAGUGUGUGGAUGGAUGGGUAGGUAGGUAGUUAUUGUUUGCUGAAAUUGCAAGCACCUUUCUCUCCGUUGCUACCUGUAUGAUUUUCAAAAGUUUAAUAAUAUUUAAGGGAUGGAAAUUCUAACCGUUAUUAACUCUAGCUUGCUGGCCAUCGGUAGCGCUGCUAAUAUAUUAAACAACACAGUCUGAUACUGUGGGAUCUAUAACCCUGCUGGUGCAGUAUUGAUUGCAAAUCCAGAGAGCCAAAGACAAAUGCAAUUUCCCCUAAGAAAGAGAGUGAAGGAGAGAGUGAGAGAGAUAACAGGUGUAAGGUUCCGAGUUAAAAUUGCAAGGAUUUCUUGAUUUUGUAAGUCGGAGUAACAAAGAUCACUCUGAAUGUGAAGGAGGAACAUGGGAGUUGUGUUAAAAAAAAGAAAAGAAACAUUGUAAUAUUUUGGGGGUGUCGGAUGGAAAUCAAAGAGUGAUGUGGGUGUCCACAUGGUCCCCUCAUCAGAGCUGGCAAAAGAAUCCAGAGAUAUUAUCAAAAGAACCUUCUGUAGGAAACACAGACACAAAGGAAAGGAAAGGAAAAUUGUCAAGGGAAGACGUCUAUAAACUCCAGCUUUGAGGAGGAGGUUACUUUUCCCAUUUGCAUGGAAUAACCUUAGCAUUUGACAUGGGCAGCGGGUGGGGUAGGGGGAAAGAGAGAAGAGCCAGGGGUUACUUCGUACACUGCCACCCCAUGAGGUUGAAAGGAACAAAUCUCCUCAACAUUUGCUCAGAAUACGUCUUUAUAAAUGUCAGGGGCAAACUAAACCCCUUCAGACUUAAAAGAGGAAUCGGAGAUGUAACUGUUCAGUCCCCACCUAAUUUUACACAGCAUGUGAGGGAGCAGAGCCUGGUGACCGACCAACUAAGCCGGCGACUCGUCCGGACCUAUCAGCUGUACAGUCGGACCAGUGGGAAGCAUGUGCAAAUCCUGGACAACAAGAAAAUCAAUGCCAUGGCGGAGGAUGGAGAUGCUCAUGCCAAGCUCAUUGUGGAGACCGACACAUUUGGGAGCAGAGUAAGAAUCAAGGGGGCUGAGACAGGCUUCUAUAUCUGCAUGAACAAGAAAGGAAAGCUGAUUGGCAAGAGCAACGGCAAAGGCAAGGACUGUGUCUUCACUGAGAUUGUGUUGGAGAACAACUACACAGCAUUGCAGAAUGCAAAGUACGAAGGGUGGUACAUGGCCUUCACCCGGAAGGGACGUCCCCGCAAGGGCUCCAAGACUCGCCAGCAUCAGCGUGAGGUGCACUUCAUGAAGAGGCUACCCAAGGGCCACCAAACAACAGAGCCUCACAGACGCUUCGAAUUUCUCAAUUACCCUUUCAACCGGAGGAGUAAAAGGACUCGGAACUCCAGCCCCAAGCCCACCCCCUGACCCACCACCCUCCUUAGUGCCACUUGGGUCCA